AUGAUCGAAGACUUUAAGAUAUCCUUUUCCUUGAAUUACCAGCAUCCUGCAUUUAAAUUGGUUGCAGCAAGGGCCUAUCAUCACGGCACAAUGCUCAUCGAUACAGAUUUGAACCGAAUUGGACGGUACCUGACAGCUGGGAAACGAAAUCUAAUUACCAAAGGCGUCGAAUCAGUUCCUUCUCUCGUAACAAACCUUCGGGAAUACUCUUCAACCAUGAAUCAUUAUUCAUUUUGCGACGCCAUUAUAGAAGAUUUCAGAGAGCAUUAUCGUAGUCAUCUUAAUGACACUCAACCCAUAUAUGUUGACGAGAGCGUAAUUUCCAAAAUCCCCAAAAUAGUAGAGUAUCGUGAGGAAUUCAAGUCAUGGGAUUGGACGUUUGGUCAAACUCCAGAGUUCACAUAUGAAUUCGAAAAAAGUUUCGCAUGGGGUUGCAUGAAAGCGUUCUUUAAAUCCAAAAAUGGAAUUAUAACGGCGGUCACAUUGACUCCAUCGGACAUGAAAUAUGAAAACUUGGCAUCUGUGAUAGAAGAUUCCUUGGAAGGCAACAAGUAUGAUAGCGAUGGGAUAACACGGGCAAUAACAAAAUCACUGGUCGAUGCUCAAUUAUCAAAUAUUGGUUCCGGUAGUGUCGCUACCUUGCCAACUCCUUCAUCGACCCACGAACUUCGCCAAAUUCUCGCAGACAUAAAAAACUGGAUUUUAGAAUCCCUAUAA